AUGACCUCUCUCGCUCGCGACACCCUCGAUAUCAACCUACAGGUUAUCCUCACGUCCUCCAUGGGUGCCGGGUCCUCGUUCCCCUCAAGAUUGCACUCUUCAUAUAGCUAUGGUGUGUCAACGACGUCUAGAGUACCGCAGUGCCUCACCUCCACUGUAGCCCGGCCAAAACCAGAUCUCAGUGCGGCUUCGCGCAUCGGACAUCUCAAAACUCGCAGCCCCGUCCCGACGACGACAUAUGUUGCGCAACCUGAGCUAUGA